GGUCUUCCCGGACGUGUGCUUUGCAGUUUCCUUUCCGAUCCAGACGAACCUCUUCAGCCUCCGUAGUCUGAGGACAGAAGUGCCUGUCAAGAUGGAAGUGAAUCCCCCCAAGCAGGAGCAUCUGCUAGCUCUGAAAGGUCCUGUUUCCUCUGGUUUGACAAGAGAGACAGUCUUGUAAUAAUAAGUUACAUUCUAGCUCUGAAGAAUUCAGCUAAGAAAUUUUCUCUUCAUUAAAAGUUUAAGGAUUACUGCAGAAUGACAACUGAAGUAAUAUUAUACUAUCGACCAUAUGAAAAUGAUCCCACACAGCUGCCAAAGAUUGCAGAAAAAGCAAUUCAAGAUUUUCCUACUCGUCCAUUGUCAAGAUUUAUUCCUUGGUUUCCUCAUGAUGGGUCCAAACUCCCACUCAAGCCUAAAGGAUUACCACCAGUAAUAUCUGGAGAGGUUGCUGAGAAUGUGAAACAAUACUUAACCAUUUCCGAACAUAGUGUUAAAUCACAGAGUUAUGAUUGCACAGUAGAUCUUUUGGAGUUCCAGCCUAGUUUGAAAAAGCAGCACUUAAUCCAGUCACACACACUGAAUAAACAAUCUAAUUCUGGAAAUCUGGGUAAAAAAUCAGAAAAAGAAAAACAGCACAAGAGGAGGUCUUGGAGUGUUUCACUUCCCAGCAACAAUUGUCCAGAAAAGAUUUGUCCUUUGUCUAAAAAAUUGCAAAAUACUUUAAAGGCACUAAAUCUGCACUCACUUCAUAGAGCAAAAUGGAUAAUAGAAUAUAGUGUUUGCAAGAACCAGACUCUGGAAGACAUUUGGGCAAAACUCAAUCACCUUAUCAGGCAUGAUGAACUUCCUUCAUGUAAUGCUACUAUUCAGAGACAUGUAGGCCAAGUAUGGGUGUUCUGUGACGUUAUGUACUGUGAAUAUGUAGGCAAUCUUCUUAAAGAGAGAUUAGCUCUUACUGGAAAAAUUAAUUUAUCUGUGCGUAAACAUGGUGUUAUUUUUAGUAUGUAAUGAAGUUUCAUUGUCAGAAAAAUAUGCUGAAUUAACUGAGUUUGGACUGAACUAGUGAAAUGAGUAAAUUUUACUGGUCAUUACUUUUAGUGAUGUAAAAGUUGAUGCUUUCACAAUAAAGCCUAUUAUCCUUUAUAUUGUGAAGAAAUGAUUGUGUAGUAAUAUGUGUACAGUUUGUGUCCCAAUAUAAAUAGUAUCACAUGGUUCCUAGGCUUGCCAAUUAAGUCAGGAACAUUCUAAAUUCUGCUUAUUUGAAGCAUUCUUUUAAAGAAUUUUGAUAAAUUAUUGUUUGUACUAGAAUUGAAAGUAAAUGUUCUGUUCUUUUGUUCCACUGACUGAAAAGAAUAUUGCUAUGAAUUAAAAUAAAUGGUUUGAAUUUGGAUGAA